AUGAAAAUCACCAUCAAUUCCUACCAUGGGAUCGCCCUGUGGCGCUGGAACCUGCAACCGCCGACCCAACGAGCUCGUCCCAGCACCAACAGCAGCAGCAACACGACCUCACUCGACGCGUCCACAGUCGCAGCUGCCCAUCCCAACCCAGCCGAUGACGCAGCAGCAGCAGCAGCAGCAGCAGCAGCAGCAGCAGCAGCAGCAGCAGAGGAAGAAGAAGACGACAACGACGAAGACGAUGACGUGUGUGGUAUCUGUCGAGUCGCUUACGAUGGCUGUUGUCCCGAUUGCAAGACACCGGGUGAUGCUUGUCCUUUGGGUAGGUCGUCCCAUCUCCUCGAAUCAACGGGCCUACCUCGUGAAGCUGACCUCACGCCUUUGAUCGUGGUGCUCUGGUAUAGUCUGGGGUGAAUGUACGCACGUGUUCCACGUGCACUGCUUGUUGAAAUGGAUCAAUACCGAAUCGAGUAAACAACAAUGUCCAAUGGAUCGCAGACCGUGGGGUACGUACCGAUCGCGCAAUGGCUGCUUCACUCUCCACGAAACCACGCUGACCCUUGUGCUCGGCCUUCACAAAGUCACACUCGACGCUUCGAAUCCCUCCACAAAAACGAACGUACCCGUAACUCCUGUUGGUCUUGAAGGCGUGCAACAACAAACACCACAAAGAGGCGCGGUCGUCCAUGCUGGAGGGUAA